UAAAACUAGUAAACGUCAGUUUAUUUUGUCUAUGUCAACUUCAAACGAAGAUAGCGAGCACUUUGCGGUUGUACUGGAGGUUUUGAAAAAUUCAUUAUAUUUCGAUGGUCCCUGGUCAAGUGAUUGAACACAGCAUGAUAUUCUUGUGAUAUCAUAGUAUCCUCCAAGUCAGCCGUGUAUCAGAUAUAGGUCUGACAUGGGUGAUAAAGAGCAAGUAAUCUCGGCACUAAGGGCUACCCUCAUAUCGGUUAAAGGUGCCCUCACUAUCAAACAAUGUAACCGUGAUUUUAAAGAACUGCAAGGGGAAUGGAUACCUUUCAAAAGGCUAGGAUAUCCUUCACUAGAAAAGCUAUUUCAAGAUGUCCCUGGAUUCAAAGUGAAAGAAAUAAAUGGCGAAUGGUAUGUGGAUGCUAUUGCAAGUCAAGAGACGCAACACAUUGCUACUAUGGUGGCUAAGCAAAAAUCCAGCAAAAAGACCGGCCCAAAGUUAAAUUAUCCUAGCCGAUUUCCUAAAAGACAAGAUUCUUGGAGAACCCCUGCAGCAUUAUCUGGCAAUUACAAAUCAAACUAUAAUAACCAGUAUUCCAACCAGUACUACCGAGCAAAGGGUCCUCCGCCCCGCACAUAUGGCUACAACAGUAACCCGUCCUUUAACAAGUAUAACAAAUACAGCAAACCGAACGAAACAAGAAAUACGAACCAAUAUUCGAAACAAGUCAUCAGUAGAACAGUAUCGGAUCAUUCUGAAGUAUCUCAUAAUAACACUGCUAAAAAUAAUUCAACAACAACAGCCAAGAAGGACACUCCACCUCCUCCAGAACAGGUUAAACAACCUACUAAAAUUGAAGUGGAACCUGCUCCUAAACCAACUAAAGUUUCAGCAUCUCAGAGACUCUCAAAUUUACGAGACCGUCUGAACACAGUGGACCUCAUACCUCUUCAAUUACCAUCUAUGACUAAUGAAUGCACAGAGAAUAGUGGACCGGUAUCAACUGUAGCUCCCGCUCAUAGUUUGGAACCUCCCCCGGACUCCACAUCCUCUGUGGAAAAACUGGAAUGGACUUGUCAGAAGCUUGGACUGCCUCAACCCGUCUUUAAAGUGCUUGACAUUAGGCCAAAGCGUGGACCAGUUAGCUAUGAUUGCUCAGUUAAAGUAGGUAAUCAAUACAAGGCCACUUCCUACCCUGACUCUGCGCCGUCCGAAGAAAUAGCUAAGGAAGUGGCGGCAGUGAAGCUGCUGGCUUCUAUAGAGAGUUCCCAAAUGGGGGGGCUCCCGACGUCUUCCGACAGCAAGGCGCUGGCGAGCCUGGCCGACCUGGUGGCGGAGCACGAGGCGGGGCUGUGGGCCAGCACCGUCGCGCAUCUCUACAGAGAAAAGUAUGGUGAAAACCUACCAAAUAACUGGCAAGAGCUAGUGGAAAACUGUCCUCGUAUAAUAAAAGACAGAGUUGUUAACGGUCUUUUAGUACUUCUACCAAAUAACGAGAGCCCGGUAGCGCCGUCGCCCGCGGACACCACCGUGUUGGACGAGUCCAUCGACAGCGACCUGCCGCCGCUGCAGUUCCCCGAUGACAACUACUGGAACGUGUUCGUCACUGUCGCCAACUCCACCCUGGAAAUAUGGCUAAGGAUAAUCGGAGUUCAAUAUAGUGACGCAUUUGAGGCCCUCCUGGCUGAUAUGGGCAGACAUUACGAUCGAUAUGGUACAUCUGUCGAAAAGUCCAUGUUAAUCAAUAAUGCAUGGUAUGCCGUAAACUUAGAAGAUGGAGGAUGGCAAAGAGCUAAAAUUCUAGAAAUUGAAGAAGACAGGGCGACCGUCUUCCUCGGCGACCAUGGCGACGACGACGUGGUCUCACUUGAUAAAAUUAAGAUCUUGGAGCCGCAAUUCAGAAAACUUCCGGCGCAGGCGAUCCUGUGCCGUCUGGAGGGCGCGGAGGAGCUGGCGGCGAGCAGCCAGGCGGGCGAGCUGGUGCGGGCGCGCCUUCAGGGCGAAGUGCUGGUGGCGGCGCCCGGCCCGCGCGACGACCCGGCCGAGCCCGCCGUGUCCGUCGUGCUCUAUGAUACCUCUACUGCCAGAGAUCUAAACUUGAAUAAGGAGAUCAUACAUGAUUUUUGCAUUUCCGGCGCCUUUUCUAUUACUCAGAAGGCGUGCGAAGUCCGCGUGGGCUGCGUGACGGAGGAGGGGCGCGUGUGGGUGUCGCGCGCGGGCGGCGCGGCGCUGGUGCGGGCGGCGCUGGCGCUGCUCACGGCGCCCGGCCCCUACCGCCGCCCCCUGCCCGCCUCGCCGCCCGCGCCGCCGCCGCCGCCGCCCGCCGCGCCCGCGCCGCUCUACAUAGUGCGGACUAUUGAUGGAGACUGGGUCCGGUGCACGAUGAUCUCGGGGCUGGACGGCGAGGGCACGGUGCGCACGCUGCUGGUGGACAGCGGGCUGGUGCUGCGCGCGCCGCUCUCCUCGCUCGUGCCGCUGCACGCCUUCUCGCCCGCGCUCAACGCGUACCCGCACCAGGCGAUCCAAGUCCGUCUGGGCGCGGCGGAGCGAGCCGCCAGCGGCAUGGUGACGCGGCUGCGCGAGCUGCUGCUCACGUCGGGCGUGCUGUGCCGCGCGCUCCCCGCGCCCCUCGGCGCCCCCGCCGGGCCCCCGCACGCCGAGCUGUUCGUGCGCACCGGCCCGCAGAACAUACUCGCCUCCGUCAACAACGCAAUACUGAUGGAGUACGAGUACCUGCAGACAGCGAAGCCCAAAGAGAGCAACGACGAGGACACGAGCAAGCACGUGGAGGCGCUGCACCGCAAGAAGGAGCGCAUCUUCCGCAGCAGCGGGGAGGACGCGCUGCGCCAGCCGCACGCCGCGCCCGCGCCGCCGCUGCCGCCGCCGCCGCUGCCGCCGCCGGGGAAGUGCUUCGACGUCUACAUCGCGAUGGCGGCUAAUCCGUGGAACUUUGUUGUCCAGCCGAAUAGUACUCGCCACGCGUUGCGAGACAUGAUGGCGUCGCUUCAGACGGAGUGCCCGAAGCUGCCCGAGGCCGACGCGCCGCCGUCGCCCGCCAGCGGGGAGCUGUACGUCGGAUAUUACGACAAAGACAACUCCUGGUAUCGCGUCAUAAUAGCGGGCACGGUGUCGUCGGAGAUGGUGUCGGUGUACUUCUGCGACUACGGCGACCUGGCGCUGCUGGGCUCGGCCUCGCUGCGGCCCGUGCCCGCCUCCGUGCCGCUGGCGCGCUCGCUGCCGCCGCAGGCCAUCAAGGCCAGACUCUAUGACGUGUGGCCGCUGCACCAGGACUGGACGGUGGAGGACUGCAUCCGGUUCCAGGAGCUGUGCGUGGAGCAGCAGUUCGUGGGCAUCUGCAAGGACGUGGGCCGCGACCCGCUGAACCUCAGCGAGCCGCUCAUCACGCUCGACCUCAUCGACACGUCCACGGACGAGGACGUGUACCUCAACAAGGCGCUGGUGGCGGAGGGCCGCGCGCGCCUCGGCGCCCAGCCGCAGUGAGCGGACUGUGCAGGAGCAUAAGGGCUUUUUUCCAGAUGUGUUAAUUCGAUGGCGGCGUGCUCCGGGCCAUACCUCCGCGUGCCAGGGAAAUCAUGUAGGAAAUGAUAGGGGAGCGGGCACUUUGCACGCGGUCAAGAUACGCGCGGGUAAAUUUCUGUAGGGAAAAAGCCCUUACACCGCUAUCAACGUAUUAAUUAGGUUACUUGUGUAAGGAUGAAAAUGCAAUUAGUAGGUACUGAAUGUGAAAACUUUUAGAUGUUGUUCGUUGGCAAUAAUUUAGGCCUUACACUUGGAACUGAUUAUAAGAAUAUUCCCUAUGUUAUACCAUAUCGAUUGCAUAAAUUGACUUGUAUUAGCAUGCCAUUCUUGUUAUGUUUGUGCUUUAUUAUUGUGUUUAUUCGUGUUAAAAACACUAAACAAUAAAGAUUUAUAGUGUUAGAUACUUUUCCAUUGAUGAUUGUUAAUUGACGUUAAUACUCUUAUUAGUUAAAGCUAAUUCUGUUGUCAAAAAGACGUUAUUUAUUUUUGUAAUGACUAUCCUAGUUGUUAAGUGUCAUUUUUUUUACUACAUACUAUAGUAUGUUUCUUAUAUUGUAAGUUUUACUCGUGCUAAUAAUCGCCAAUUACCUACAUAGUUUGUAGGUACCCUGUAGCCGCUGUUAUUUUAAAAUUUAAAAGAAAAUAUAAAAAAUAAUUCUUCCAUGUAUUCCAAAAAGUUAUAAAACACUUUAACAUUCUAUGUAACCAUCUAUGCUUUAUUGUAAGCACUGUCCAUGGUACAUUCAAAACACAGAAAAUAAAUUUCCUUAAAAUUA